AUGUUCGGACGUCAGAGGGACGAUGGUGGAGGGCUGGUAAAGAUGGCGGCGCUCUCCGAGGAUGGGAGGUAUGGAUUGAAUUGUGGCCGACCGAGCGCUGACAGAGUCACCGUCCUGCAUGUUAAAUUGACAGAGACAGCACUGAGAACGAUAGAGCGCUACCAAAACACUAAGAAUGUAUCUUUGCGGCCAAAAAUACAAUUCAAGGGACUCCAAGGUCGUAUUAAGAUUCCCAGGACCGAGUCCUCCUCUGACGCCUUCCAGAAUUUUGACUUCUACUUGUCCAGCGUGGGGAAGGACAAUCCUCAGGGAAGCUUUGAGUGUAUUCAACAAAAUGCAACAAGCUCGGGAGCCUCCCAUCUUUCAUUGUUGGGGACGAUACAAGACAAAGUCACAGUGUGCGCCACCAGUGACUCUUACCAGGUAACUCGGGAGCGCAUGACCCAGGCUGUGGAGGACACACGUGAACGUGGGACCAAAGUCAUCAAGCCUGGGGGCCAAUACAGGGGGAAACAAGUGCAGAUCCGAAAGCCAGCACCAUUGGCACCAGAAGUAGUCCCAGAGCGCAAGCGCUCCACUCCCAUCAACCCAGCCAACACCAUCCGCAAGUGCCUUGUCAGUAACCCAGUGUCCCAGCGGCCGUACCGGAACCGUAUCAUUCACCUUCUGGCCCUAAGGUCCUACAAGAAGCUGGAGGUGCUAGCCCGGCUGCAGCGGGACGGCAUCAGUCAGAAGGAUCGCAGUUCCCUGGGGACCACAUUGCAACAGGUGGCAAAUCUGAACCCCAAAGACAACUCUUAUUCAUUGAAAGAUUUCAUUUACCGUGAGGUCCAGCGAGAUUGGCCGGGCUACUCUGAAGAUGAGAAGGCCCAGGUGGACAGGAUCCUGGCUCGUAAAUUGGGUCCUCCCAAUGAGGCACUUUCAACAAGCAGUUCUCCUAAAGACAGGGUCGCUGCGUCCCCACAGAAACGCCAACUAGAGUUUGAAUUCAUCGAUCCUCUAGCACCAAAGAAGGCUCGUAUCUCCCACCUCAGCAGUCGAGGGCACACUGCAUCAUCUUCAUUGUCUUCUGACCGUUGUGAGGAUGAUAACAGCCCCAGCACUAAGCGCUCAUCCCUACCCUCCAGUGUCACCUCUGCCCCUCCAUCCCACCUCCCUAUUUCCUCCCACCCACCUGCACCCUCUCACCAGCAGCCAAGUCCAGGCUCCAGCUCAAACUCUCCUAGCACCCCAGAGGGCCGUGGUACACAGGACCUGCCUUUGGACCAGAGUUCUUCCUGCAGGGACCCUUCACCUAGCCCCUCCCACUGUCCUCACUCCUCUGAAAGGUCCCAGCAGGAGAGCUACCAACCCCCUAAUCCAUCCCGAAGACUAGUCACCUCCCCCAGUUCUCCUCUCCGGACGUCCCUCACAGUUAGCUCCACUGUCAUUAGCAGUGGAGGUAACCCUCCUUUGUCCAGCAGCAUUAGCAAGAAGUCCAAGAAGAAGUCUAAGAAGCACAAAGAGAGGGACAGAGAAUCGGAGAAAGAGAAGCAGAAGGAGAGCGGCAGAUGUAGCUCGCCCAGGGCUGCAGAACAACCUCAGGGUGGUCAUAGACCCAGAAAGAGACACUGUGCUGAGAAAGAGGACAAGGAAGCCUUCAUCAAGAAUCCUCACCAUAACCAAGUUUCCUCAGUGAAAGAAAAGCCAGUCCACUCCACACAUUUCUCUUCCACCACUGUGAUGCCAGACUAUGAAGUGAAGUACACGUCGUUGGUAUCCACGGAUCAGCGCCAGAUAUACAAGGACGACUUCAACGCUGAGUAUGAUGAGUACCGUGUCCUGCAUGCCCAUGUGGAGAGUAUCACCCGCCGCUUUACUCAGCUGGAUGCCCAGUGCCGGAAGCUGGCACCUGGCACCAAAGAGUACCAGAAGGUACAUGAAGAAGUCUUGAAAGAGUACAAGAAGAUGAAAGAACAGAGUCCCAACUACCAUGAGGAGAAGCAGCGCUGCGAGUACCUGCACAACAAGUUGGCCCACAUCAAGCGUCUGAUAGCCGACUUUGACCAGCGCAGGGCCCAGGCCUGGAGCUAAGAGCACAGCACAGCCUGCCAGUUCAUUUUCAAAAAUCAGUAUUGGGAGAGGAGAGUAUCAAACCAGGAUGGGGUAUCCAACUGGCAAUUUAUAUCCCAUCUGUUGCUUACUCUGCAACCACUUCCCUCUUACUCUCCUCCCCUUCUCUCAUUAUCCUUAUUUUUCCAUUCCUUCCUUCUUUCCUACCUUUGAUUCCACAGGCUACAAUGUUGCCUGCAGUCUUGAAAUUCUUACUUUCAUUUUAUCCCCUGUUUUUGUUUCCUUGAUGGUUUUACCUGAAGCUCCUCAGGAAUUCUACACCACUGGACCAGUGGAAGGAGCUAUUUGCAUGUGUGAAGGGGUUUGGGGAAUACUUAACUCUUCUAGCCUUUGAAGGUCUUUAUUUAAAGACAAAAAAAAAAGAACAAUAAAAAAAUAGCUAUUUUUGAACAGCAGAGAAAAUAUAAACAUGUAUUUAAUUAAAAGAAUAGAGGGAGAAAUAUUUAUUUUCGUUCAGACUCGGUACUAGGGAAGAGAGUCUGGCGCAUAUGAUUUAUUGUUUAAACAGAAAAGUUUAACUUUUGUCAGAAAACAAUGCAAAAAAAAAUGACCAUGGGCCUUAUGUGUUUGACUUUCUGAAGCCAUUUUGCACGCAAGAUUGAUAUGUCAUCUCAAUUGGCUAAGAUGGCUCUCCUGCCUUGUUCUUCUCCUUCCUUCCUUACUAAAAAUACUGUACUGGAUAAUUCUGCUCCCACACGUCGCUGUCUGUUGUGCCGAGUUCAAACUGAAAAGGAAGGAAAUUUAACUCGCAGAAGAAAUCAUAUGAACCUAAACGAGACGCAACGACAGUAUGUGUGCAUGGAUUGUAAAUUUAGUUAAUAUAGCCAUGUCGGGUGGUGAGGGUGGGGUAACUAAAGGAGCACAGUCCCCUGACAGUUUGGGGGGCGGGGGGG